AUGCGUUGCCAAGGCAACCAUUCCUUCUCCAUCUCCUGCCUCUCCCCGGAGCCACGGGGGGAUGCGGGGCGAGGGCGGGGUCCGGAUCUUCCCGGUCAUCUGAUCCAGGUCAAGUAGGACUUUCCGUUGGCGACAGAUCCCACCGGAGCAUCUUCCCACAGCGGCUUCUUCCCCCCGGCAGGAAGAAGUGAAGCUCCUUCAGUCCCUGGAAUACUGAAAGGUCGACCCAACUGCCACUGCUCUCCCGUCCAUGGAUCACCUCCCGCCAUGAGCACGGACGGCGAGCAGCUCCUGGCAGCCGGAAUUCCCCUCUGGAGCAUCUCCAGCUGGGCCGGCUCCGAGCCGCCCCCCAACAGCAGCACGGCGGCGGCGGCGGCGGGAGAUGCCAGCCGGCCCCCGGGAGCCCCGGAGCGGGGCGGGAGCGCGGCGGAGAUCGCGGGCAUGGUGGUGCUGCAGUGCAUCUACGGCCUGGUGUGCCUGCUGGGGCUGCUGGGCAACGCGCUGGUCAUCUUCGUCAUCCUGCGCUACGCCAAGAUGAAGACGGCCACCAACAUCUACCUGCUCAACCUGGCCAUCGCCGACGAGCUCUUCAUGCUCAGCGUGCCCUUCGUGGCCACGGCGGCGGCGCUGCGGCGCUGGCCCUUCGGCCGCGCCCUCUGCCGGACCGUGCUGGGCGUGGACGGCCUCAACAUGUUCAGCAGCGUCUUCUGCCUCACCGUGCUCAGCCUGGACCGCUACAUCGCCGUGGUGCACCCGCUGCGCGCCGCCUCCUACCGCCGCCCGCGCGUCGCCAAGCUGGUCAACGGCGGCGUGUGGCUGCUGGCGCUGCUGGUGGCCUCGCCCAUCCCGGUGUUCGCCGGCACGGCGGUCACCCGCGACGGCCGCGCCGUGGCCUGCGACCUGCUGUGGCCCAGCCCGGCGUGGGCGGCCGCCUUCGUGGUGUACAGCAGCGCGCUGGGCUUCGUGCUGCCCGUGGUGGCCAUGGCGCUGUGCUACCUGCUGCUGGCCGGCAAGAUGCGCGUGGUGGCGCAGGGCGUGGGCUGGCAGCAGCGGCGGCGCUCCGAGGGCAAGCUGACGCGGCUGGUGGUCACCGUGGUGGCCAUGUUCGUGGUGUGCUGGCUGCCCUUCUACGUGGUGCAGCUGCUGGAGCUGCUGCUGCCCGGCCGCCUGGACGCCAGCGCGCACAACGCUUCGCUGCUGCUCAGCUACUCCAACAGCUGCGCCAACCCCAUCCUCUAUGGAUUGCUCUCCGAGAAUUUCCGCAACUCCUUCCACGGCGUGCUGCGCCGCUGCCGCGACGCCGGCCUGUGCUGCUGCCGCGCCGCCGACGGGGACGGAGGGGACAGCGAGGACGAGGAGGAGCCGCUGGAUUACUGCGCCGCGCCCCGCGGGGACGCCAAGGGCUGCGUGUGUCCCCCCCUGCCCUGCCCGCAGGACCCCCUGCGCCCCCAGCCCUGCUGCGCGCCCGGGGCCCUCCUCCCCAAAACCACCCCCUUCUAG